AUGGCUGAACACAUUGAUGGCAAUCGAUUACAACUGGAUCUUCGCUAUCGUUUUGAUUACCUAGCCAAAUUUCUCAAUUUCACUUCGGACGAUAUUGCAAUGUUGAACACAUUCGCACCAAUCGUGUUUCCACUGAUUCCUGUUCUGUCCGAUACCGUUUAUCGAAAACUAUUCUCCUUCGACAUUACAAAACAAUAUUUUCUCAUCCGAAAUGAAGGAUUCGAAGGGUUUAUGCCGAGAAAACAAUGUCCUAUAACAUUAGACUCAGCUCAAAUGGCCUUUCGAAAAGACAUGUUAAGCGUCUAUUUAAAACGCAUUCUAACUCAAGGUGACUGGAAUGAUGCAUUUCUUCAGUAUUUAUCCCAAGUGGGCAAAAUGCACACGAACCAAGCCGGCUCUGGAGCCAUUAAUGUGGAUUACAUUCAUGUCAAUACAUUGCUUGCAUAUUUAGAACAUCUGCUAAUUGAUGUUCUGUGUAAUGCAGAUACGACUGACGACAAGACUAAACGGGGAAUUUUAAUGGCGAUUAAUAAGUUCUUCUGGAUUCAGAAUGACUUUUUUACCAUGCAUUAUUUAAUCGAAGCGAAGGCAAACUCAACUGCAGAGAGUGUCCAAUCUGAAACAAAAAAGCCGUCAAAAUGUUGCUGGCUGUGA